UUUGUUUCCAAAAAGGUCUGAAGGUCCAGGUUUGGAAAGAGAACUACUGCUUUCAGGACACGAUUACAAGUUGCCUGAAUGUUGAGAGCUCUAACUUUUUCGUGUAUGUUCUGCCAGCAGUAGGAGAGUGGAGGAGAAGCCCGAGAGCUGGAAAUGGCCACAGCUGGGAAUGACCGCUCUUUCCAUGUUUGUUCCCCCUACGCACAGCAGAAGUACAGCAACAUCUCCUGUUUCUGGGAAAAACAACCAUCAGGCUGCUUGAGGAUCAGUUGCGCCUUCCAUCACAGCAAACCUCGCAGCAUAAAUGGACUUUUUUUGCCGCCGAGUAACAAUGCCCCAUUGCAACAAGGUGUCCAAGAAGGGAUUCUGCACCCAGCCCAUGGUCAAGAGUCACUCAGAAAUCAAAAGAAUAUUUUACGACCAAUUCACCCUCCACUGACUAUACACCUCAACGAUGAAGACGACAAUGAGGACGAUGAUGAAGAGGAGGAGAACGGUGCUCCUGACUGGGUGCCUCAGACUGCUGCAGACCUUGAAGAGGAAAGAGCAAUAAAGGAAAUAUGCUAUCAAUCUGGAGAGUAUUACGGGAUUCAGUACCCUCAGGAACACCAAUCAACAAAAACUGUGUCUUCACCUCGGGAAAACGAGCUACUACCCUGGGAAGCUACCGAGCGAGACUUGCAGGCAGGCGACGGUGAUACAGUUCCUACAACAUUUAAGAAUGCAAAAGGAGAAGGAGAGAGCUCAGGAACGACAGUACCAGCAGAGACCAUUCCCGGAACAGAUCGUGGAUCCUUUGAAAACGGAGGAACCAAUCGCAUGGAGCGGGUAAAGAACUAUCCCGGUAAAGAAGCAAAGGAGAAGCAAUGGAUUUCCGAGGGAGAAAGCAAGUCCCAUAACACAGGAACAGGAAAAGGAAUUCACACUCCAGACCCCAAAGCAAAACCACGUCGCCAACAAAGGGGUCAAAGUAAGGACGAUGAAGCUGCUUCUGCUAUUCCUCCAGUGAGAGAAACUGGAAGAGACACUUAUUUCAGUUCUUCAGAACCUCGAAGAUCAGCAUAUGUAGUCUACCGUACUGCCACCGUCACCCAAGAACCAAAGUGCAAUGGACCGACAGCAGUACCUGAGCCGUAUGCUGGGAAACGCUCCAAACAAAAGAAUCAGCUUGACGCAAAUAGAAGAUUUUGGACCCAAACCGAAAGCUAUGAGCCAAGAAGACAGGGAAGUGAACAGGAAAGGAGAGCGAUACAUAGACAGGAGAAAGAGAUGAAGCCAGUUCUUCGACUUACAAGAGCAAUCGAAAUUGAAAUGCGGAAAUUAUCAGCUGGAAAAUCCAAAGAGGACACAAUUGCAAAUUCCAAAAAUAAGAUGCAGGAAGUACACGACAAUGUUUCAAAACUGAUUGAAAACACAAAAUAUACGUUCUGUGUGAUCACAGAUCCACUAAGUUUAAUUUGUUAUGAAAAUUUGACUGUUGAAAUGACUUUACAAUCUACGGCUCUAUAUGUCAAGAUUGAUUGUAAAAGAUGCCCAUAG